UACCGCAUCCUCCACCAGCCUCUCUUCCGAAAUUCCCUGCUGGCCGGCGUUGGAUACCUCGAACUGGCCAACGCGGCCGACUUCGCCGCCAAUGUGUGGAACCAGAUUCCUGUGCCGCUGCACGCCAAAAUCCUGAUGGCGAUUGGCGGGCCCUGCGCGCUGUGCAUGACCCUGGUCGCCGCGCGAGACAUGUACCUCAGUGCUGCCAACGUGCGGCUGCUCCGUCAAGAGCGAUCAUUCCUGGCUGAGAGCAUUUCGACCAACCACGGCGUCAACACCCGUGAAGUCCUCACCGAAGUCAUCGACCGCAUCCUCAUGGAUCUCCUAAUGGGGAUCGGUGCUCUUCUCGUGGGCAUCGGCACGCUGCUGGCAAUCUGGGGCGCCGACCGGACCAUUUACCGGAUCAGCAACCUGCUCUCUGGGUACGUGGGCAAUGGACUAGCUGCUGGCUUUGGGCUUGUCAACGCCGUCUGGUCGGUGUACCUGGUGUGGCGGUUCCAGCAAUGCUGGGCCGCGUGUUCAUCAUCGACAUCUUCUGAUGAGGUGUCUGAAAGUGAGAAGGGCCCGAGGUUGAACGUCGAGCUCCCUGCCCCCCUCAAGACCAAGCUGCGUGCUCGCAUGCGGGCCUUACAGGUCCAUGCUCUGGUCAACGGGAUCAAUGGGCUGGUUGCUGGCGCGGCCAGCAUGGUCACGGCGACCAUGUGGUACGGGUAUGUGGUGCUGGUGCCGUGCAUCGUGAGUCUGAUUCUCCUGAAUGUGUUCUGGCGAGCGCGACUAGGCUACGACCGA